AUGUUACUCUACUAUUUUGCGAGCGCGGUCAAGUCGAUACAGUUCCAUGUGGACGAUGAUAUUAUCGACAAGCUCAACUACUAUUAUACUACUGCCAUCAUUACUGUGUUCGCAAUCCUCGUCUCAGCUAAGCAGUAUGUUGGUUUUCCUAUACAGUGUUGGGUACCGGCCACAUUUACUGAGCCUAUGGAACAGUACACAGAAAAUUAUUGUUGGGUGCAGAACACCUAUUUCUUGCCUUUACAUGAUUAUAUUCCGCAUAAUUAUGCAGAACGAGAAAAUCGACAAAUCGGGUAUUAUCAAUGGGUGCCAUUUGUGUUAGCCUUGGAAGCAUUACUAUUUUACGUGCCAACUAUCGUUUGGAGAUUAUUAAGCUGGCAAUCAGGAAUUCACGUGCAAUCACUAGUACAAAUGGCAUGCGAUUCACGACUGCUGGAUUUAGAGUCACGAAAUCGUGCCCUACAGACUAUUGCCACUAAUGUUGAGGAGGCAUUACAUGUCAAACACCAAGUGAUGAGCGGCAAUCGAUUAAAGCUACUAAAUCUCAUAAUAUGCACACGUUCCUCGGGUGCGGCUGUCACAUUCCUCUACAUCUCUGUGAAAAUACUCUAUACGGUUAAUAUUGUUGGGCAAAUCUUCCUUCUUAACACGUUCCUUGGUAAUCGAAGCAAAUGGUAUGGAUUGCAGGUGCUCAAUGAUUUAAUGAACGGACGAGAAUGGGAAGAAUCGGGACAUUUUCCGCGUGUCACACUUUGUGACUUUGAAGUUAAAGUAUUAGGUAAUGUGCAUCGUCACACCGUUCAGUGUGUUCUGAUGAUCAAUAUGUUCAAUGAAAAAAUAUUCCUGUUUCUAUGGUUCUGGUACUUUUUAUUAGCUGGUGCCACUGUGUGCUCCUUAUUCUACUGGAUUUAUAUAUCAGUGGUGCCGAGCAGGCAACUGAACUUCGUAGGCAAGUACCUCACAGGUAUUGAGGGAUACAAGAUGGUGGAUUCCCAAUCUUUAAGAAGAUUUGUGUUCCAUUUUCUACGACAGGAUGGAGUAUUUCUGUUACGGAUGGUGGCGACACAUGCCGGAGAGCUACCAUGUUAUGAACUUGCGAAAACGUUGUGGAACAAUUACUGUGAUAACAAAGAGGGCAAGAUGCACGAUGUCUAA